GACUUGAAAACGCAGAAACCGUGCUGCUUGUUGAAGAUUUGGACCAGUAAACUCUCUCUCCAUUUUACUUCGAAGCUUUUUCUUUUCUUUCUGCUGGGACCGUCCACUGGCUUAAACACUCACUGCCUCUCUUUCUUCCACCGGUGCUUCGAAGGCCUCGGUUUAAGAAAGAGAGAGAGCGAGAGCGAGAGAGAUGAUUGCAAACAGUGCUGUCUUUCUUGCUUGCAUGUCCUUCCAGCUCUGAAUUGGGAAAGACGCUUUGAGAGAGGCAGAAAGGGGGGGAGAAAGAGAGAGAGAGAGAGAGGUGGUUUCUCGUCAACUUGUUUGUCUUACUUCUAAUUUUGGGUGAAUUGUAUUCAUGGGGAAGGCGAGCUACAGAUUCAGGGCAUUCAGACUAUUUGAAUUGAUGCCAAAUUCUUGGUUUUAUAAGCUUAUGGAUAUGGGAAAGAGAGCAAGCAGGCGAAGAAGGAAAGUUAAGAAUUCGUUGGAGAAAGGCCAAGUUCCUAUCAUGGAAACAGGUAAAUCAUUCGGAAAUCAAAAGCCAAUCCCAAAAUCACCAGAAAAUGAAGCUUAUAUUGGAAACAGACGAUCCUAUUAUUUUCCCAGCGGAAACCGAGAAGAGCAACUCCAUUAUUUCUCUACGUACCCCAAAGCUACAGACACUCACUUACCCUUAGACAAACCAGGAAAAAGCAAGACAAAACCUCGUAAGAAGCCAUUGAGCACUCACAAUAAACUCAUCCCUUCAGCUGCUUCUUCUGUCAUAACAUGGAAAGAAGAAAGUUCCUCUGUUUUAAGCUCAAAACCAGCCCAUGAAACUUCUCCGCACAACUUAGAUGGCGUCUUCAAUGAUGAAUUAAAUAGUUCUGUUUACAAUCUUCAUAUUCCUCUACCUCCUAUAGUAACGAAGCCUCUCAAGAAAGAAAUCAGUAGACCCAACCUCACUGUAGGAAACCAAAACUCGAAACAGAGGAAUUUCCAUAGCCAUGGCAAUAUGAGGAGGUCCACACCGCAAACUCCAAAAAUUAAGAUGCGAUUGAAAUCACCUAAGUUAGCGAAGAAGAGAUUACUAGAGAAGAAUCGCUUGGCUGAUAGCUUCAUCGUGGUGAAAUCGUCUUUCGACCCCCAAAGUGACUUCAGAGAUUCCAUGCUAGAGAUGAUCUUUCAAAACAAUCUUUGGUCUUCAAAGGAUAUGGAGGAGCUUCUCUCUUGCUACCUCUAUUUGAACUCACACGAGUAUCAUGAUCUAAUCGUAAAGGCUUUCAAGCAAAUCUGGUUUGAUCUCACUGCAGCAACUUGCAAUAUAAGUAGAAGAACAUUCUUGUAAGGUUCUUCUACAAACCGAAUGUUUGAAUUACAUAUAUAAAUAUAUAUAUAUAUAUCUUUAUAGCUUUCUAAUCAAAAGAAACUGCACAUCAAUUUGUUUCUGCCAUUCGAGUUGUCCUCGCUUGCUUCAAGUCUGAUCAAGUUGUAAUUUUCUUUUAAAAAAUCGAUGCUGUAAUGAUAUUGGUCAACUGUUAUGAGAAUUUUAUUGCACUUCCCUUAAAUGGGAAGGAGGUGAAGACAGUCCUGCAGAUUUUGAAUUUGAAACCACAAUGGAAGAUCAUUCAAAAGUUCAA